ACCGACUUUUCUUGCAACACAGUUGGAGAAUCUCAGCUGGAGCCGGGUUGGGGGGUACUUGGAAAGGGAGAAGCCCAGUCAACAAUACUGUAAUUUGUUUUGAUAGUUUUCUAUAUGAACACCUCAGUGAGCACCUGAUAUGAAAAUGGAGGGGCAAGGUACCACAAUAGGGGAAGUAUCCGAGGGAACAGGAAAAUCCCCUCACGUCCUCCAGGCUGGGAGUAUUAGGGAAUUACUACAAAAGACACCGGGAGAUCUGAUGGAUCAGCGAGCUGGGGAGGGAUCCCUUUCCCUCAUACAGUGGGAAGCCCAGUGGCAGGAAUUCCUAAAGACACUGGAGUCACCACACUCUAGAUGGGGAAUCCCCCUCUUGCCAAAGAAGCCUUCCCCCUGGGAGGAUGCCAAGGCCUUCCUGGCCUCCUUUGAGCAAGUGGCCGAAGCCUGUUGGUGGCCCAGAGACGAGUGGGCGAUCCGACUCCUGCCAGCCCUCAGUGGAGAAGCUGCAAAAGCCUUUAAGAGUCUUGAUGCCAAAGACAAACAGGAUUAUGGGAAGGUGAAGGCAGCCAUCUUGAGAAGGGAUGCCCUGAACCGAGAGAAGCAGCGCCAGCAGUUCCGGUGUUUCAGCUACAAGGAGGCUGAGGGGCCCCGGGGGGCUUACACCCAACUCCGGGAAAUCUGCCACAGUUGGCUGAGAGUGGAGAAUCACAACAAGGAGCAGAUCCUGGAGCUCUUGAUCCUGGAGCAACUGCUGAGCAUCCUGCCCUCGGAGAUCCAGAGCUGUGUGAGGGAAAGCGGCCCCGAGAGCUGUUCUCAGGCAGUGGCCCUGGCCGAGGAGUUCCUCUUGAGGCAGGAGAAGCAGGUGUUCUUGGAAGCAGCGGCUGGGAAUAUCUCCGAGGCAGGCCAAGCUCCAUCUGAGAGUGAGCAGAGGCAUCCUUGGAUAGAGAUCAAGGAAGUGGAGGACGGAGAGGCCAGCUUGUUGGGUGAAGUGCAGGAGAGUGAAAAGGAUGGGGGACUCCGGGCAUUCACACUGGACAAAGUCAAGAAUGGGGACUGGAAAGGAACCUUUGGGAAUCAAGAGGGACAAAAGCGGCUGGAGGGAAGCCACACAGUGGAGGGCAGGGAUAAUCCCAUUCCUUGCCAAGCUGGGGGAUUCCAGGAAAUCCUUGUCCGAGAGGGAAAGGCAACCCAAAAGAGGAAGAAUGGAGGCCACAGUGCUUAUGGAAGACUCCAUGUCAAGAAAAAACAAAAUGCAUGUGCGGAGUUUGGACAGAGCUUCGGACAGAGCACCUCUCUUAUUUCACACCAACAGGUUUCUUCACCAGAGAAACCAUAUCAUUGCUCGGAGUGUGGAGAAAGCUUCAGUUGGAGGACAAGUCUUACGUGGCAUCAAAGAAUUCACAAUGGGGAAGAACCUCAAAAAAUUCCAGAGUAUGAAAACAGCUACAGUGGGCAGCCAGGCUCCAAAGAGCAUCAGAUGAUUCCCACAGGAGAGAAACCAUCUCUGGGCGCAGAAAGUGAAAAGAGCAUCAGUGACUGUGUAAGUCUUCCCAUGCAACAAACACCACAUGCAGCGGAGAGGCCUUAUAAAUGUUCAGAGUGUGGAAGGAGGUUCAGGCGGCUGGCACACCUUCAGCAGCAUCGGACAAUCCACACCGGGGAGAAACCAUAUCAGUGCUCAGAGUGUGGGAAGAAGUUUACUCGGGUGUCAACCCUGCGGCAGCAUCAAACAAUCCACACGGGAGAGAAGCCUUACGAGUGCUCAGCGUGUGGGAAGGCCUUCCGUCACCGCAUUAGCUUCACUGUGCAUCAAAGAGUGCACACAGGGGAGAGGCCUUACAAAUGCUCACAAUGCGGACUGAAGUUUACUCGGACAGCACAACUGCAGAAGCAUCAAACAGUCCACACAGGGGAGAACUCUUAGAAGUGUUCAGAGUGCAGAAAGAGAAUUGGUUUCAGUUCCUAUGUUUAAAAGCAUCUACAGAUGCACACAGGGGGGAAACUAUAUCAGUGUUUGAAGUGCAGAAAAAAGUAUACUCAGCCUUUACACCUUUGGCAUCAUCAACAAAUCCAUAUGCCAAAAACUACAUAGUGGCUUGGUUUGUGGCAAAAGUUUUUCUGUUAAAACCCAUGUGGUAUGUUUAUGCUGUAUGAUGAGCUACUGCUUUGAUUGCCUUGGUUAUCAAGGACCUUUUUAGUGGUUGCCCCCUUUUCUGUGUGGAACUCUGCAGAACCUUAACGAACUGCUCUUUUUGCCUUGUUGGAAACAGGUGAAAAUAUUUCUGCUUUGUGAUGAAAUCACUAUAUUCAUUUCCAUCAUCUACUUUAUACGUAUUCGUUAAUUUAGCCAUUGUAUACAAAAAUAUAAUUAGAGCGCCAUAAAUUCAAAGUAGGAGCCACAUCAGAUUUCCUCCCCCCCCCCCCCCACACAACACAGGUUGUUUUAUUUUCUUAAGGCCUUCCUGACUUCCCCACAAUCAGAUCAAAGCGAUCCUCAACACUUCCUUGUCAUCUUUGCUGAGGUGGGGGCAGCGGGGGGGGGGGGGGAGACCCACUAAAAUUCUUCCUUUUUUGUGAUGAUUUCCUCUUUCUUCAAAUCUUUUUUUCUUGGCCUUUGAUGAUGCCUUCUUUUCUGUCUUAAUUUUUUCUUCCAAGAAUUUAGUGGAAGCUUCAAGAGUUUGUUCUCCUUUGUAUGGGUCAACCAGGUUUGCAGAUCCAGCAGAGAAGUAUCUGAAGAAUGGGUAGUGUUCCACAUUAAGUAGCUGGACAUUGUUUGCAAUGAAGACAUUUUUCUUGCCCAGUUCAUCCCAAAUUGGGAGCACUUUCUGGCAGGCUUCUGACCGAUCAAAGUUCUUCCUGGCUUCUGGUCCCAGCCUUCUUGGAUUUCCUUACUGGACAGAUGACACUUAGCUGUCCCUUCCAAGUAGCUCUGGCAGAAGUCCAUAGAUUCUUCAUGGUCACCCUCUCUGUAGGCAUCUUGUACCUGGUGUCACUGGUUAGGUUCAAGAUUUGAACAGCAGGGGCCUCAGUCUCGAUGACCUGGAAGUAUUAAAUCAUGUGACCAUUUCUGCUGUCAUCGGUAUCCACCAAGAUAAACAUGAUCUUCCCUCAGAAUUCCUGAGACUUAAAAUCUUCAUAAGCCUUGUCAAAUACACUUGAACUCUUGGGGAUGGAUAAAAGGAUGUGAUUUUCCACAGGAACAUCAAAAAUCUUCACAGAUGUCUCCAGAUUAUAUUCCGUGACUAAAUCCGUGGUAAAUGUUUUGAUCCAUUGGGUCAGCUCCAUGUCAUUCAGCUUGCCUUCUUCGACCACCUCGUUAUAAACAGGUUUUCCCUUUUGGAAGAUAACAAUCAUGUCCUCUCUGAUGCCAAAGCAUGCAAAAACUUCAUAGCUGGUUGUCAUCCCAAAAGGGAGUUCUGGGCAAUGCUUCCUCUCAGCUGUGGAGUCUUGUGAGCAGAAGUUCUACUUUGUGAGCGACUGGUAUUAAAGUUGCGAGCUACUGCAUGAUUUAGUUUGCUCUGGAGCCAUUUUUCCUGAGCUAAAACAAAAAUCUGUGAGCGGGAGGCUAAAAGACCGUGAGCUAGCUCAUACUAACUCAGCUUAGAGGGAACGCUUAGAGGGAACAGAAGACCUCUCCCAUCCAUCCAUGAGAGCUCUUAAAAAGCCAAUCACAGCCAACUCUUCAGAGUCAAUUAAGGCUUUUGCCUGAUCUGUGCUAUUAAGAUGUGCAGGGCAUGGUCCUAUUCUUCUUCUUACCAUGUGACAAGGCAGAGGCCUUUCUGACUUCUUUGCCGUCAAUGGGAUUGCUCCGAUCAGCAUCAACAAACACCAGAGUCGGAAAGUUCUGGAUGUUGAAUUCCUUUUUUAAAUCCUUCUGGUCCGUCACAUUUACUUUGCCAAGCAAUUUGCCACAGCAGCACUUUUAAAUUCAGCAAACUCAGCCAGCCACGUAAAGCAAUAUUUGCAGUGGAGUUCCUUCCGUAUUCCAUUCGUCUUGUUCUUCCUUUUGAAUUUGUAGACUCCUCUUCAAAAUAUUCUGAAAAUGACGCGGCUUGUCUGCUUAAGCAGCCACCCAUUGUGGUGUACAAGGCAUUCCAGCUACACCACUUUCUCUGAACAGCUGUGGGUCACCCUGGUGAUGGAAUCUGUCAUAGCCCGGCUCUCCCCACUCUUUCCUGGGUGACUUUCAAUCCAUUCACCCAGGUAGGAAACAAAGCCCAGUAUUGGAACGCUCCCCAGCCUCAUUCUUGGCAUGCAGCUGCCUUGCCCGAUUAGAUUUUCAUUUGUGUGUGAUUGCUAAUUUGGCUGCGAAUAUCAAAAAGGAUUUGUUAGGACUAAUCUUCAUGAGUAGGAUUUCCCCCUCCUUGAAAGACACUGUUAAAAAGAAGGCAGAGCCCCUGAUUAUCCUUAGACAUGGAGGGAGGGACUGACGCAGUUUGUGAGACGUAAAUUCCCUGAAGGUGUCAUCUUAAAAUCAGUUCUAAGGUUCAGUAAAAUCACUUCUGGUUUUACAUUUAACAUCAAUCCCAUAGUAGCUUUGAUUCUCUCCCCCUCCCCCAACCCGGCAGAUUUAUGUCCAGAACAAAUGAAUUUUUGGACACAAGAAUGCAAUUCAGAGGGUGAAAAAAGAGUCAGUGACUGUGUAAGUCUUACUGCACAACAAAUGUCACAUGCAGUGUGGGUUUCCCACCUUGGAAUAUCUUCAGGAGCAAAUGGUUUACAUUUAUGGUAACCUAAUAAUGACUUUGUAUUGUCUUCCGGCAACCUUUGUAAGCUUUUCUACAUUGUUUGAAAUUUGAUUUGCUUAUAGUGUGUAAAAGGUUAAAAACAUCUGACAAAAAGAAAGUUCUGCUUUCCAAAA